GCCCCAGCCGGAAAUCAUUCGUUCUCAUUUCACUGAUAAGAACUAACCCAGGUCGCUCUCAGAAAUUGUUGUAUUGUGCAUUCACUCAUCUCUGUCCCUCCACAGGGAAACCCAAAGAAGAAAAUCGCAAGUGGAUUACAGUGCAGAGAGAAAGAGCUAUCCAUACCCAAACCAAAAAGGAAACCCCCACUCCGAUCUUUCCCCAUCAAUAAAUACACCACGCCGGUAAAGCCACACCCAUUUCCCAGCAUCAUUUCAUCUCCCAAUUCCUGUCCUCAAAGAACGCUCAAAGCUCCUCUUUUUUUCUUCCUCUUAUUCAUUCCCUUCCCUGCCGCAUUUGCAGCUUUUUGAGCCCCCGUCUUUAUCUCUCGCCGCCUUUUCCAGCUCCCCGCCGCUCCGCAUUUUAUGCGUACUGUCUAAUCAAAUCUCUGCAUUUAAAGUGGAGCUCUCGGUUUGGGUACGCAGGGCGGCCGGGUCACCCAUCUUCUGACAUAGAUUCUGGGCUGUCAUUAAUUCUUUGUAGCUCUCUUUGUCUGUCAACCCUCGGAAAUUAAACACCUUUGAACCACUUCUUAUACCCCUCCAUUCCAUGCUGAGAACUCGUGAAUUUCUCCCCUUCUUCCGGCCCGAAUUGAAACAAAGAAAGGGUCUGUUCACUUAGUUGAUUAGUUGAUAGUUGAAGUGGCAUCACUCCUGAGACUGUUCUUGCGGCAAGAAAGGUGCGUUCUUGUGAAAAUGGAAUAAAGUUUGGAUCUUUUUAAAGAAGGGGCUUUUUCAGGAUCUGGUGGGGAAUUGAGGAGUUAUUUUCUUUCGUGGGUGUUUUCAGAAAAUCUGGUAUUAGCGUACAGAAUCGAAAAGAAUGUCGUCUCUGAAGCAAGCGGAGGAAGCAAUGGUCUCCGGCGAAGUGGAACAUGACAACGUGGGUGGAUACAAAGAAGCAGGCGCCGGCGAUGAGGAAGAGGACCAGCCAAUGUCCGGUCUGAAAAGCUUUCUCUGGCAUGGGGGCUCUGCUUGGGAUGCUUGGUUUAGUUGUUCUUCCAAUCAGGUAGCUCAAGUACUGUUGACACUGCCAUACUCCUUUUCACAACUGGGGAUGCUAUCAGGAAUAUUGUUCCAAGUCUUCUAUGGUCUGAUUGGCAGCUGGACAGCUUAUCUUAUCAGUGUCCUCUAUGUGGAGUACAGAAGCAGGAAAGAGAAAGAAGGUGUUAGCUUCAAAAACCAUGUCAUUCAGUGGUUUGAAGUGCUUGAUGGGCUUUUGGGCCCAUACUGGAAAGCAGUUGGGCUGGCCUUUAACUGCACUUUCCUUCUCUUUGGAUCCGUGAUACAACUCAUAGCUUGUGCAAGCAACAUAUAUUACAUCAAUGAUGGGUUGGACAAGAGGACCUGGACAUACAUAUUUGGAGCCUGCUGUGCAACCACUGUCUUUAUUCCUUCAUUCCACAACUUUAGGAUUUGGUCUUUUCUUGGCCUUGGGAUGACCACUUAUACUGCCUGGUAUCUUACUGUAGCAGCUCUAACUCAUGGUCAGAUUGAAGGGGUACAGCACACUGCACCAACAAAAGCAGUUCUGUAUUUCACAGGUGCCACAAAUAUUCUAUACACUUUUGGGGGGCAUGCUGUCACUGUGGAAAUUAUGCAUGCAAUGUGGAAGCCACAGAAGUUCAAGUACAUUUACUUGUUUGCCACUCUAUAUGUAUUCACUCUCACCAUUCCUUCUGCCACCUCUGUGUAUUGGGCAUUCGGGGAUGAACUUCUAGAUCACUCAAAUGCCUUCUCCCUCCUCCCCAAGUCCAGGUGGCGCGAUGCUGCUGUCAUCUUGAUGCUUAUUCACCAGUUCAUCACAUUUGGAUUCGCCUCGAUGCCAUUAUACUUUGUGUGGGAAAAAGUGAUAGGGAUGCACGACACAAAGAGCAUUUGCCUGAGGGCACUUGCGAGGCUGCCAGUGGUGAUACCGAUAUGGUUCUUGGCCAUAAUCUUCCCUUUCUUUGGCCCGAUAAACUCGGCUGUUGGGGCACUUCUUGUUAGCUUCACUGUCUAUAUAGUGCCUUCCCUUGCUCAUAUGCUCACGUAUCGCAAAGCCUCAGCUCGCAAGAAUGCUGCAGAGAAGCCUCCGUUCUUCUUGCCUAGCUGGACUGCCAUGUAUGCUGUGAACAUCUUCAUAGUGGUCUGGGUCAUUGUAGUAGGGUUCGGGUUUGGAGGAUGGGCCAGCAUGACAAACUUCGUGAAACAAGUGGACACAUUUGGGCUUUUCGCCAAAUGCUACCAAUGCAAACCACCCAAGCCAUUAGCCCUUCCGCCCUAUGCAGCACCUAAUGCCACCAUCAGACAUUGAGCCGAAUAACUUGCUCAACUUGGUCGAAUUCGCUCUUCUUAAAAAUUAUUACAGAUACAUGGGGAGAUAGUAAUAGUCUCCCCUACAUGCAUGUGAUGUAUGCUGAUCUUCCUCUUCUUCCCAUUUUAGUGUUUGGCUUGAUGCAUGUUUACAAAUUAGUAUUAGACGAGACAGUGCUGAUUUGUGAGUAUUCCCUUCCAAGGCAUAGAUCAAUGGUAUCACUACUUGAUAAUACUUCAAGUGGUUGGGUGUUUUUUUAUUAUCCCCCCUCCCCCGGCAACAAUAUCACAUACGGAGUAGUUCUUGGAUGUGCAUAGAUAGUGCACUCACCACAGCAAUAGUAGGGUAGUCGGAAGUGGGAAAUCCGACUGGAGCUAAGGUUUGAUUUAAUUUGUAAAAAACCUCCAGUUGGAACUGGGUAAUCCGACGAGAGAGAAAAAAAUUAAAAAGUCGGAUUAUACUCUUGUUGCAAAUCCCAAAUCCCACUAGGGUGUUUCUUUUUUAAUAGGGAUUAUUACGGUAAUAAUAUUACCAAAACAGAGGAUUUCUCAUAAUAUGACUAAUUAAUGAGAUUUCUCAUAAUAUGACUAAUUAAUGAGAUUUCUCAUAAUAUAUCAUAAUGGAUAUAAUAUAUCUUUAAAGUAAUUUAUUAAAGAGAAAUUGCAGUUACA